GGGUAAUUCGCCGUUCACGUGAAAGCGGCGAUGAGCUGUGCGCUGUCGUGUAGUUUAUGCAUCGUACCUUAACCGCACGCUAACCUACAUACGCUGUUGCCUACUCGAGUGUCAACAUGGAGCAAAUGAACGAUGCUGGACUCGGAGUCAGCACUUUCUUUGCCUCGGCUCAUCCCAAUGAGUCAUGUGGGAUGAAUGGACUUCCACUAACCCCCAAUUCCAUUCAAAUCCUGGGCGAAUUUCAAUAUUUGAAAACCCUCAGGCAUCCCAAUAUAUGUCAAUAUGUUGACAUUACUCGGGGAAAGCAUGAGCGUCUGAUGGUGGUGUCGGAGCACUACCCCCGCUCGCUGGCGCAGACGCUGGUCGAGGGCGCCCCGCCGGCCGUCCCGACGCUGGCCUGGCAGCUGCUGCACGCGCUGCACUACCUGCACCAGCGGCACGUGGUGGUGCGCAACCUGACGCCCGACUCGGUGCGGCUGGAUGGGAGCGGCGCCGUCCGCCUCGCCCAGUACGGCCUCUACUACAUGACGCGCGACGGCGAGCUCGUCUCGUUCCCGAUCGGGGACGUGGCGUUCCUGGCGCCGGAGGUGGUCGCCUCCGGCCUGACGACGGAGUUCCGCAGCGGCGCCAAGAGCGACGUCUGGUCGGCGGGCAUGGUGCUGGCGCGCGCCGCACUCGGAGCCGGGCCCUGGGACGGCCGUGACGUGGCCCAGCUGGUGACACGGCUCUUCCGGCUGAUGCGCUGCGACGACGUGCUCGCGGAGCUGGCCGACGAGGCCGGCGCCCAGGACGCCCUCCGGGCGCUGCCGGCCGAGGUGGCUGAGCUGAUCCGGCUCUGCCUGACGGCCGACCCCGUCCGGCGGCCGUCGGUGGCCGAGCUGCUGCAGCACCGGGCGCUGGCCGGCCGGUCGCCGCCGCCGCUCAGCCACGUCCUGCAGCCGUUCCCUCUGAUGACGCGAGAGGCUCCGGCCGACGGUGGCGGCACGGCGCCGGGCGGCGGCCCCGAGCCGGCCGGCGCCGGCGGUGUGGAGACACACCUGCGCACCCGCUCCCUUCACGAGGUCUACCACCUGUGGAGGCUGGCCGGCGGCGACCUGGAGGCCGAGCUGCGCAACCAGGGCCGGGUCAAGGCGAAGCCACCCAUACUGACCGUGCCCAACCUGGUGACGCUGGAGGGCGAGACAUUCGGCGUGCGUCGCGAUCGGGACACGCUGUACGACCCGGCGGUGGCGGCGCUGCCGCUGGGUCCGCUGCUCACCAGGCUGCGCGACGUCUCGCCGGCCGCCUUCUACCCCCUGCUAGAGAAACGGUCGGGCCCCAUGCUGCACAGCCAGAGCCAGAUGGAGCUGUGCGACACGGCCCGGCUGCCGCUGGUGAUCCGAGAGGCCGACAUUGAGUACCAGCUGCACCGCGUCACGCUCUUCAGCCGGCUCACGCAGGAGUACCCGUACGGCGCCGAGCGGCUGGCGGAGGAGGCGCGCACCGACACGCCGCCGCUGUAUCGGCCGCACUGCUGGGCCGGCCUGCUGCGGGUCUCAGGCCACGUGCAGCGCCGCUACGACGCCAUCGACAAACAGACGGCCAUACCCACCGACCGGCAGAUAGAGGUGGACAUUCCCCGCUGUCAUCAGUACGACGAGCUCCUCUCGUCGCCGGCCGGCCACCGAAAGCUGCAGCGGGUGCUGAAGGCUUGGGUGGUGACGCACAAGCAGUACGUGUACUGGCAGGGCCUGGACUCCCUGGCAGCUCCGCUGGUCUACCUCAACUUCAAUAACGAAGCCCUGGCGUACGCCAGCCUGUCGGCCUUCAUAGCCAAGUACCUGCACGACUUCUUCUUGAAGGACAACGCUGCGGUGAUCCAGGAGUACCUGGCUGUGUUCAGCCUGCUCACGGCGUUCAUCGACCCGGUGCUGGCGCAUCACCUCAACAGCAUCGGCUUCGUGCCAGAGCUCUACGCCAUACCGUGGUUCCUCACCAUGUUCACGCACGUGUUCCCGCUGCACAAGAUCUUCCACCUGUGGGACGCCCUGCUGCUGGAGGACGCCAGCUUCCCGCUCUGUGUGGGAGUGGCCAUCCUGCAGCAGCUGCGCGACCGUCUGCUUCAGUUCGGCUUCAACGAGUGCAUCCUGCUGUUCUCCGACAUGCCGAACAUCAACAUCGAGGCGGUGGUGACGGAGUCGCAGCGGGUGCAGGCGGCCGCGCCGCGCUCGGUGCUGCACCGGCAGCACGCACAGACAGUGUCGUUUCCUUAG